UUAAACUCGUUUUAUAUAAACCAGUAAACCACUAUAAUUUCAUAAACACCUAAAGCUUCAUUUCGUCAUCCCAAAAAAACGCAACAAAAUUUUCUUCUCUUCAUCAUUGUUCAUUAAUCAUCAUCAAUCAUCAAUCAUACAUCAUGGUGGAAGAUAUGAAGAUUGAGAACAAGAGGGAUGUCAUUUUAACAUCUCCACUCUCUCUAGAUAGGGAGUCCAACAAUGAUUACAAGCCUCCUAAUUUUCUUCAAAUGGUUUUUGGUCUUCUCAACAAUGUAAGACCAGGAGCUGAUCUUACUCGUUUACAGCUACCUCCCUUGUUUAACUUGCCAAAAUCACACCUACAAUGCUAUGGAGAAUCAGUGUAUUGUGUGAACAAGGACAUGCUAAGCAAAUGUGCCAAUGGAGAGACCACCGUCGAUCGAAUGAUCUCCGUCGUUGCGUGGUGCAUCUCAACCGUUCGUCCGUUGAUGUUUGGGGUUGCACCAUACAACCCCAUUCUUGGUGAGACUCAUCAUGCAUCUAGAGCCACCCUCAAUGUCCUACUUGAACAAGUUUCCCAUCACCCGCCAGUAUCAGCUUUGCAUGCAACUGAUGAAACCAACGGCAUCGAACUUAUUUGGUGCCAACAUGCUGUUCCCAAGUUUAAUGGAGCUACAAUAGAAACAAUGGUGCAUGGAAAAAGGAAGCUAAAUCUUUUAGAGAAAGGAGAAAGUUAUGUGAUGAAUUCUCCAAAUUUGUUGAUAAGAUUAUUGCCAAAGUUUGGUGUUGAUUGGGUGGGAAAUGUGAGAAUAAAAUGCCAAGAAACUGGUCUUGAAGCUGAAUUAUCCUUCAAAAGUGGUUCUUUUUUGGGUUUUGGAGGAGGCAAUAGGUCUAUCAAAGGAAAGAUCAUGGAUGCAUCUAAUUCUCUCAAGACAUUAUAUGAAAUUCAUGGCCAAUGGGACAGGACCGUUAAAAUAAAGGAUACUAUGGAUGGGAAAACUAAAAUUCUAUACGAUGCCAGAGAGAUUAUUUAUGCACUUCCUACACCGACUCUAAGGGAUCCUGAGGAAGUGUGUGAAAGUGAAUCAGCUGCAGUAUGGGCAGAGGUGAGUAAAGGCAUUCUAAGCAAAAAUUGGGAUAAAGCAAGAGAAGCAAAGAGAGAGAUAGAGGAAAGAGAGAGAGAUCUUCUUAAGCAAAGGAAAUCAAUUGGAGAGCAAGAUUGGAUUCCAAAACAUUUUGAUUUGUCUUACAAUCCUCAAUUUGGUUGGGAUUGUUCGCCUAAACAAAAAACUGUGCCACAAGCUCCGAUUCAUUUUCCAAUAUGAACUUCUCAUAUUAUCAUAUCAUAAUAUAUUUAUAUUAUAUAAUGUUAUCGAUAUAUGUACAUGUAUAUUGGAAAUAUUCCUAGAAUAUAUAUAUACAUUAGAGAUAG